UCCAAAAUUUCAAAAUUCAAAUUCGCUCUCCGCUCCUCCGUUGACGGGACGCCGUAUUUUCCCCUCCCUCCCGUCGCGCACUUGCUUGCCUGCCGUUACUACUACUGGUAGUAUAAAGCAAAGGCAAAGGCAAAGGCAAACCCCUCCCCACAAACCCUAACACUCCACCGACGCCCAGAUCUGUUCCUUCUCUCUUCCACGCCGCCGCCGCCCUCGAAUUUUCGAAUCCUCAGCAACAAUCGUCCUGCCGCCAUGAGGGAGAUCCUCCACAUCCAGGGCGGCCAGUGCGGCAACCAGAUCGGUGCCAAGUUCUGGGAGGUGGUGUGCGCGGAGCACGGCAUCGACGCCACCGGCCGCUACGGCGGCGACUCCGACCUGCAGCUUGAGCGCGUCAACGUCUACUACAACGAGGCCUCGUGCGGCCGCUUCGUGCCCCGCGCCGUGCUCAUGGACCUAGAGCCCGGCACCAUGGACUCCGUGCGCUCCGGUCCCUACGGCCACAUCUUCCGCCCCGACAACUUCGUCUUCGGUCAGUCCGGGGCCGGGAACAACUGGGCCAAGGGCCACUACACCGAGGGAGCCGAGCUCAUCGACUCCGUGCUCGACGUGGUGCGAAAGGAGGCCGAGAACUGCGACUGCCUGCAAGGCUUCCAGGUCUGCCACUCUCUCGGCGGCGGCACCGGCUCCGGCAUGGGCACGCUGCUCAUCUCCAAGAUCCGCGAGGAGUACCCCGACCGUAUGAUGCUCACCUUCUCCGUGUUCCCGUCGCCCAAGGUCUCCGACACCGUGGUGGAGCCCUACAACGCGACGCUGUCCGUCCACCAACUGGUGGAGAACGCCGACGAGUGCAUGGUGCUCGACAACGAGGCGCUCUACGACAUCUGCUUCCGCACGCUCAAGCUCACCACACCCAGCUUCGGCGACCUCAACCACCUCAUCUCCGCCACCAUGAGCGGCGUCACCUGCUGCCUCCGCUUCCCGGGGCAGCUCAACUCGGACCUCCGCAAGCUGGCCGUCAACCUGAUCCCGUUCCCGCGCCUGCACUUCUUCAUGAUGUGGGACGCCAAGAACAUGAUGUGCGCCGCGGACCCGCGCCACGGCCGGUACCUGACGGCGUCCGCCAUGUUCCGCGGCAAGAUGAGCACCAAGGAGGUGGACGAGCAGAUGCUGAACGUGCAGAACAAGAACUCCUCCUACUUCGUGGAGUGGAUCCCCAACAACGUCAAGUCGACGGUGUGCGACAUCCCGCCCACGGGGCUGAAGAUGGCGUCCACCUUCAUCGGCAACUCCACCUCCAUCCAGGAGAUGUUCCGGCGCGUGAGCGAGCAGUUCACCGCCAUGUUCCGCAGGAAGGCCUUCUUGCACUGGUACACGGGGGAGGGCAUGGACGAGAUGGAGUUCACCGAGGCCGAGAGCAACAUGAACGACCUCGUGUCCGAGUACCAGCAGUACCAGGACGCCACCGCCGACGAGGAGGGCGAGUACGAGGACGAGGAGGAGGGAGAUCUCCAGGACUAGAAUAGGCUGCUUCACAUUCAGUCACCGUCAGUCUAUGAAAAACUAAUCAUUUGCUGCUUUUCGUCGUCGUCGUAGUAGUAGUAGGUCGGUAAUCAUCUGUCGUGGGUGUGUUUCGUUUCUAUCAUUAAUCAGGAUUAGUAGUAGCUGCUGCUGCUGCGGGCACAACACAAGGGGGGAUAGGAACUGCAAUACCCUGUUGCGCUUUGGUUGUUUCUUGGAACCGAUGUUAUGUUAAAUUCUCAACGCUCAGUGUCUGAACACUAUUUGCUCAUGUUUCUGGAACUGCUGUUGUGUUAAAUUCUCAA